GUGGGAGCGCCUCGCGGCCAGUGUGGACGCUCAGCUUAAGUAGUGCAGUAUCCUGGCCAAAGAAGCUGCCCCAGCGUGGUGCUCGCCCGCCUAAGACGUCGACUUCUGAUACAUCUCUGCGGCUUCCGGCGGUCGCAGCUGCAGACCGAAGACCUCCGUAGGCCUGUGUAGCACACUACAUACAUAACGACGACCGCAUCAGUCAGCAUAUGGACCGACCGUCCUCGUACCGCCCACACACUGCCGAGCAUCCCAGGACCCACACCCAUCGUCCUACCUGCUAACAUGCAAGAUGUAUCCGCCGCACUCUAUCCCGUCCACCGUCUUCUCAGCUGGCAGCGCGCCCCGCCGCCAAGCCUCAGCCUCAACGCGCUGCCGGCAGACAUCCUCUUCGAGAUUACGUCCUACUUCAACACGCUGUCUGACGUCCUCCAGCUUAGCCUCGUUUCAUCCGCCGUCUACGCGAAGACCAUCUCUGCGAUCUAUGGCGCCGUCGAGCUGCAGGGCCCCGCUCAGUGCGAGGCGACGCUGCGGAUGCUGGGCCGAUGUCCCGCCAUUGCGCGACACGUCCGCAAGCUCGUCGUUCGGCCUGAGAAGGAGCUCCCGCGGAGGCCUCGCCCCCAGACGAAGGAGUGGGACGUCGCGGGCGACAUCUCGCGGAUAGUCGCCCAUGCCGCCAAGCACCUGCACGACCUGCAUGUGUUCGAAUGGGACGGGGAGGACAUGCUCCCGGACGACCGUAUGUGGUCGGAGCUGCAGCGCAGAUGCCCGCAGCUGCGACAUAUCGGCACGACUCUUGGGUGCUUCUUGCCCCGACCCACAAGCUACCUGUUCAAGUUCAGCGGCCUUGAGGGCUUCUCGUUGAUCUUCAAGGAUGGCUUCUAUGCGCACCAACUACACCUCGCCUCACGCGAGAGCGCACCCGUCUUCUCCCGCCUCUGGGACAUGCUCGUACAGCGCUGUCCGUACCUGGAGUCUCUCGCAAUCGCAGGGACAUCCUUUGAGUCCUCAGACGUCUUCCCCCUCUACAGGAUACGCUGGCCGUGUCUGCGUCGUCUCACCGUCGGCGACGUCUUCCCGGGCAACCUCGCUCCGCCAGGGCAGAUGGGCUUCCACCCCUUCGUCGACUUUAUCGAGCGGCAUCCCACUCUGGAAGGUUUGCACCUCCUCGGCCACUCGGACAUCCACCACCUCGACCUCGCGCGGCUCGAGGACGAUGCCGUCCCACAUCUCACGGAGUUCACUGGGUCCCUCGAUCAUCUCCGCGCCCUGAUCAGCCGGGGCCAGGGUCAAGGCGCAGGCGCGAAUGCGAACGCACAGGUGCUGUGGGGCGCGCAAUGGGGGCAGCACGUCCCCCUCGGCGAUACGUCGUUGGCGAAGACGCUGAAGAGGUUGUGCUUGCCGGAGCCAAUGCAGCUGAGGGAGCUCACACCGCUCUCGAUCUCGCGCGUGCUGACGGACCUGACGGCGUUGACGUCGCUGACCAUCACGUUUGCGCUGCAUAGCGGGUACGACAGCAACGGCGUGUUCCGCACCAUCGUCUCCUCGUGCCCGCAACUGUUACACCUAGAUCUCACCUGCACCAGCAAACCUUCCUUCUACCUUGACACAUUCUCCCGCUCCGUCAAGAAGCUCGCCCGCCUCCGCUCGCUCAACCUCACCAUCGUCAAGUUCCACGGCGAAGAAGCCAUGCACGUCGGCGCCGCGCGCAUCGCCCUCGCCAACCCGCGCGUCGCCCGCUUCACCAUCAACUACAUCCCCGCGCACGCACCGUCGAUCCCGCUCCCGCCCCUGCUCGAGACGGGCGCCUUCGAGCUCCUCUGCGACAUACACGGUCUCCCCGUGAACCUGUACGUCUCGGAGUGGCGCGCGGUCCUCUCGGGUGGCGGUGGCGGCGGGGUGAUCUGGCGCAGCAUGGUGAGCGCGGCGAUGCUGCUCGGGAUCGGCGUCGGGACGGGCUGGCGCAGGUCGCACAACGGGUGGACGAGGAGGUGGGCGUGUGAGCUCCGGCACAGUGGGCAUCCCGACGUGACGCAGAAGGGCAUGUGCGAGCUGCUGCUGGAGCGGAGCCAGGCGGGCGAGGAGGCGCGUUUGCUCUUCCUUUGCUUGGGCCUGUUGCUCCUGGCGAUGUGGGGUGUCGUCUGGCGAGCAUCAGGUUAUGUGGCAUCGAAUGCAUGAGAUCACAUCGAUUCAUCGUCUCGUCACUGGACCAUACGUAGAACGUCGUCUUCACUACUGUACAGUAUAAUCUCAGUGUACUGUAUUACCAACUUGGACCCGAAGCGUUCGUGGGCGUUGCUCUCAUAUUCGCAGCCACUCGACCUAUUCUCGCAACAUACAACCU